AUGCCUCUCAGUCUCCUAGACCUUCCCGCGGAAGUCAUUCUCAUGAUUAGUGAGAGCUGCAGCUCUAGGUCCGAUACUAGCCGCCUCAGCCGCACCAGCCAAUAUCUGAAUGCCCUCCUCACGCCCGUGCUGGACAAGGCCCUCAUUGCCGACUACUACCCCGACCGGGUGCUCAUCUGGGCAAGCCAAAACUCAAACCUUCCCCUCGUCCGCAAGCUCCUUAAAAUGGGCACAGAUCCCAAUCUCUCCAAGCAAGUCCCCUCGCUCAGAAACGCGCACCGCGGCGAGCGCAAUUGGCCCGAAUACGGGCUCCUCACGUGCCCGCUCACUGCGCUGCAUCACGCCUGCAACCAGGGCUUGCCCGAGAUGGCAGAGAUCCUCAUCAAACACGGCGCCAAGGUCAAUUUCAAAGAGCGCCGACGGGACUCUCUGCAUUUCGCCGUCUUCAAGGGCAGCCUCGACGCGAUCAAGGUGCUUCUCGCCCACAACGUCACCAUGACCUGCGUCGACGAGAGCGGUGCAACAGCACUGCACCAGGCCGCCUGCGUGGGCUCUUUCGAGCUGAUGGAGUUCCUCAUCAACAACGGCGUGCCCAUCAACGCCGUCGACAAAAACGGCCGCACACCCCUCCACUUCGCCGCCAGCCGCAAAAUGAGGAACAUCGAGCUCCUCCUCAAGCACGGCGCCGAGGUCGACUGCAUCGACAUCAACGGCUGGACCCCGCUCUCCCAGUGCUGCAUGAGGGGCAACCUCCUCGCCGCCCGCCUCUUCCUCGCCCACGGCGCAAACCCAAACCACCACUGCACCCCACCCCGCGUCCCCUCUACCAACCUCCUCAGCGUCCUCGAAGUCUCCCGCGGCGACGCCAUAACCAUGCUUCUCCUCGACCACGGCGCAGACCCAAACUACUGCCAGACGCGCUCCCAGGAGACGGCGCUGCACCGCGCCGCCCACGGCGGGAAAGCAGAGGUUGUGCAGAAGCUGCUCGAGAAGGGCGCGGACGUCGCGGCGCGCGACGUAAAGGGGCAGACACCGCUCCUGCACGCCAUCAAGUCCGCGCAGCGGAACCCGGCGGUCGUGAAGCUCCUGGCGGAGCAUGAUCCGGAUGUGGAGGGGAUGACAGAGAUGCUGCAUACGGCGGUGCUGGAGUGCUAUGAGGAGGCGGUCAGUAUCCUCCUGGAGCGCGGCGCGGACGAUAGGGGGCUGCGCCGCCAUUGUCGGCCGAGGGUCCAGUAUAGUGCUCCUGUACGGGGGCGGGGUGGUGGGCGGCGUGCGCAACGAGCAGGGGCUCAAGCUGCUGCACCGCGUGGUGGUGGGCGGCAGGCUGGGGGCGGAGAGGGUACUGCUCGGUCAUAG